AUGCCAUCCUUCACCACCCUCAUCACCCUCCUCCUGGCUGGCUCAGCCUUCGCCCUCCCAACCCCCCAACUCGCCGGCGAAGGUGCCGCGCUGAACAGCAUCUUCAGCUCGACCGACAACGGUAUCGGCUACGCCAUCAAGAACGCCGAGCAGAACCUCGCCAAGAACGUUGCCCAGCUCAAGGGCAGCACUGGCGGUGCCACGACUGGUGCCGGAGGCGCAGGAGCUCCCCCACCGCCUGGCCCAGGACCACACCGCCGCCAGCUCGACAAGAUCAGCGAUGGCUUCCAGACGUUAAGCGAAGCAGCAGGUUUGGGAGACGCGACCAAGGCGUUGACCCAGGCGCUGGAUGAGAUUGAUGGAAGCUCGACUAGUGGGGCAGCAAACUUGGGGGCAGAGAUUGGAAGUGCGGAGAAGAGUACGCUGAUUAGUUUGGGCAAGGCUGUGCCUAGGGCUUAA